AUGCCUCCUCCAGAAUCCAACCCACUACACAUCUACCGCGCGUGCCUUCGCGAAUGCAGCUACCUCCCGCUUCCACAAUGUCGCUCUUACAUGCGCAAAUUCACGAUCGAAAAGUUCCGUAGUUUCAUACCGAGACGAUCGGGCAGAAAUAAGCCCGGCAGAAAGAACAAUCCGGGAAAUGCCCCAGUGCUCGCUCCAGAGACGGUCACCCAUCUACUCAGGCUCGCGAGGAAAUAUGCGGCCGUUCUCAGACAUGCGAACCAUGGACAUACUCCUCAAUUGCAGAAAGUCCUGCGGAUGACCUAUGGCAGAGUGGGACCCCACAAGUACAAACUUCUAGCAAAGUUUCUAAAUCCCAGUGCGGAUACUGCUGGUGGGCGGUCAACGCUACUAAUGGAACCCGAUGGUGAGGAGGAGGAUGGAGAAAAGGUCUUGAACGACCCUGGUGGUGACGAUGGACUGGAAGAACUGCUAGAAGACGAAGAAGCCGCCGAAGACGCCGGCUCAACACCAGAGAAAGAUACUCUAUACCCUUCGCUCUGCCCGACAGUUUCCACCACCGCCUUCACAACCUUCUACAAAGAGGCCAAAGUACCCGAUCCGCCCGUCGAAGAGAAACCUCCCAGCUGGAAACUCGAUGUUCCUCCCCGCCUGCAAGCCCUGCUGGUCUCCCAAUCCCAUGAACAACCUCAUUUUACCCGCGUGGGUUCUUCUCGACGUGUGAGACUGAGGUUCUCCCCACCAACGCAUACGAUCUGGGGCAAGCCCCUGCCUUUCUCGCGGUACAAGAACCAGAGGAUAAAAUGGUACAAACAUAAUAUGCAAGCAGCAUUACCUCCUCUAGAAUCAGAGGCAGCAUACUGGGAAGUCCACAAUCUUGUGACGGGAAGGACGGAAUUCCCGGCGCCCAUCCCGAGACGGACGUCUGCACGGCUGAGCGCUGAGGAUGAUCUGCGGGAAUCCCUCCAAAAACAGUCCAGCUUGCUUCUCGAGGGUCCUAGUUUUGGUUCCAGGCUCAAGGGAAUGGGUCGACGACAUGAGAUCACGCCACGGCUUCUGCAGAGGAUGCUUUCGCGGGUGGUGUUAAGUCAGACACCACUCGUCAAGACGGCUGCUCCAGGCACAAAGACGGAGGCUGAUAGCGGCGUGGUGAUUUAUUGGGACGACGGCAUGUCUCAUCAGCGAUAUUCCAGAGCGCAGGAAAGGAUACGCGAGCCAGUACCGGAGAAACAGGCGGGACUUUUGUUCGCUUGA